UGUAAGUUCAAAUCCUGUAGUGCCCUGUAAUUUUGUAAUGGUUAUCUAAAGAAGCAUUCAAACAUAAUGAGUACAUUGUAUAAGGUUAGACUGCAUUAAAAGAUAUGGAGAAGAAAAAGACUAAAUUGAAUAAAAGUUUUAAAACAUCAACUCCACAAAAUAAAAAGGUUCCAGCAUUGAGUUGCAGUCCCUGCAGUAAUGUUGAUAAAACUUCCUUUAUUAAAUCACUACACCUGAUAACAAGUGAUGGAUCAACAGAUGACGAAAAGAUAAAUUCCAGUAACAUUUCAAACUGUGAUAGUGAUAACGAUUUGACAUCUCCAAACUCUGAAAGUAAUAUAGCAAUAGAAGAAUAUUAUUGGAAGAAUCCAUGGAAUAAUACACCAGUUCAUGCACAUGGAUUGACAGAUGGAAACAAUUCUAAAUCCAGAAUAAGCAGUAAAACCUUAAACAUCAAGUCCAAAGAAAAAAAACUAACCAAAAUGUCAUCUGAAAUUGUACAUAGUCAUGAUAAAAGAUCAGCUAAUUCUGUUUCUAAGAAAAGAAAAAUGAAUAAAUCUGAAUCAGAGAAAAAUACAGUAUUAGAAAACAAAAAACCUUCAAAGCAAAAGCUUGAUGAGCAUAAUUUACAUUCAAAACUGCAAAGAAGGUCGGGUAUAGUAAGUCAGGAUAAGAAGUUGUUGCCAAAGAGAGAGAAAAAGAUUCCCCAAAGACUAAAAGAUUUUUGUGAUGAACCUAAAAGUGAAUUUACCUCAGAUUCUGCCUCAGAUGUUGAUAUUGUAACAGUAUCUAAAGAAGGAGUAAUGUUUUCUAGUGAAAAGAAAAAGGGAAAAAAGAAUUGUUUGAGGAACGAAGGGAACACCACUCCUUCAUCUUUGGAAAAGAAUUCUUUGAGGAGCGUAGGGAAUACUCCUUCAUCUUCUGAAAAGAAACGUAAAACAUUAUAUUCUUUUAAAGAGAAAUUUUCUGAGGAAGUAGACCCAAACAAUAUGUCUAACAGUGUUAGUAAUUCAUUAGAUGAAAUUGGAGAUGCUUUGUUAAACAUCGCAGAAAGUAUUGAAAAAAAAUUAACCCCUGGUAAAAGGACAAAGAGUAUUAAGAAAUUAAAUUCAAAAAACACAUCCACCGCUAAAUCUGUUCUGGAAUCUGAAGAGCAUAUUGCAACAUGUAAUAAACAAAUGUCUGACAAUCUUAAUGAUAAACUGAGCGAACAUUCUCCAGAAUCCAAAAAAGAUGUUUGUCUGAUAGGAAAAGGUAGUAACUCUGGUAGUAAAUCAAAGAAGAAAAGACUGUCAGAAAUUUUACCUGUGCCUCGUAGAGGUAAGGCCAAAAGAAAGAUUUUAGAUGAAAGUGAAAAAGAGAUUAUGGAUUCUGAAAAUGAAAGUGACACAACAUCUGAAGUUUCUUUUAAAAUGGCUAGAGUUGAAACUGAUGAAAGGGAGGUAAUUUCACCUACUUUAGAAAACUUUCCAAAGGAGACAAACAUAAGACAUGCAUAUAAAGACAGAGAUUCGGAACUACUUCAAAUUAGCAUAACAACUGAAAAUAAAAAGAGCAAACGCAGCACUGAUUUGAUAGAAAUGAGGUCACAAAUGUUGAGCAAUAUCGAGUCUUCUCAGAAACCGACCAAUGAGAGUGAAGGUAACAGUACCUCCAUACAAGGGAGAUCACUGAGAAAUAGAAGAAGCAAUGUUGUUUUAAAUGACUUUGUCCAACCUAAAAGGAGAAUUUAUAAUAAAAAAUCUCCCAAGAAGUCUGGGAUUUCUGAAGAUAAAAUUAAGGAUACAGAAGUUCAUACUUGUCUGAGGUGUCAACUUAUAUGCAGUAGUAUUGGUCAUUUGAAACAUCAUCUGAUGUCCUUCCAUAAUGCUUUAUGGGAUAAAUCUUGUCCUAAAGGUCUAACAGAUGAAAAGUCAUUAUCCAUCAUUAUAAAAAAAAUUGGUAAACUCUGUUGUCCAAAGUGUGGAAAAGAAUUGAAACAUAUGCAUUAUUACAGAAAACAUGUGCAGUGGUGUGGAAGAGAGCAUGAAAAGUACUUCUGUGAUCUCUGUGAAAAGUUUAUCAUGAUAAUGUGGCAACAUGAACAUGAGUUGAUGCAUGUUAGGAAGGACAAGAUGGAGGAAAUAGAUAAAGAAAAUGCAUCAAUUCUGGCAGAAAAGGAAGUUGUUACUGGAGAAAAUACAAAUGACAGGAAAAGAUUGGCUGCUAAAAAAGCUGAGAAGUUAUUGCUAGCUAUCAAUAAAAGUUAUGAAGGAGCUGUUGAUUUAACAUCAGACGACAAAGAUCCAGAUGCUGAAGUUUUAUCUGAAUCAUCAGAUGAAGAUGUUAUAAUCAGUGGAAGUUAUAUUGACGAAGAGGAACUGGAAGAAAUUAAAGUAGCAAAUGACUCCAAACACAUGUAUACUGGCAGUCAUUUUGCUAACACGUUUAAAAAGAAUUUAGAACAUUGUAAAGAAAUGGAUGAUUGCAACAAUGUACAGUUUCCACAGUUUUGCCCUAGGGUACCAGAAUGGAAUCCAUUAGCAGAAGAUGAUAUAAAACCUUAUCUUCCGUCAGUUAAUGUAAGUCCAGAGUUUCUUAUAAAAAGUAGUAAAAAGACCAACACAAGACAAGAUCUACAACAGAUAAAGGUGUUUGAAGCAUUAAAUCUAAAAGAUUAUGGGUUAAUAUUUACUGGAGGGCCUGUCUGGGGAUUAGCCUGGUGCCCAUAUCCACAUAAUGUUAGACAACAGUACCAGUACCUGGCAGUCUCCUGUCACCCUGACAUGGAUACAGUACACCAGGUAACAGAUACCAAUGAGGGACCUGGACUGAUUCAGAUCUGGAAUACAGGGAAACUGAAUCAUACAGUGGAAUGUAUGCCCACACCUAAGUUAGAGUUCUGUAUUGCUCAUGACUAUGGUGUUGUGAGAACAAUGGCUUGGUGUCCACAUAGAUGUUGGCAGACAAAAGAUACCAUACUAGAAAAGAACAGAUUACGACAGAUAGGAUUGUUAGCAAUAGCUUGUGGGGAUGGAUCCAUCAGAAUUUUCAGUGUAUCAAAUCCAGAACAGCUGAAUAACAGUUCAUCGCCAACAGUUUAUAGACCUACACCAGAAGUUACUUUAGUGGGACAUAAAAUCAGACGUAGUAAAACACCUUCUUGCACUUCCCUAUCAUGGUCAGUAAAGGAGAGUCAUAUGCUUGGAGGAUAUGGGGAUGGUUCUGUAAGAAUUUGGAAUCUUGAUACAGACUCAACACUUUUGAGAGUGCCUACACCAGACCAGGGACUACUUUUAUUACCAUUCAGAACUUUUCUACCACAUUCUAAAACUGUCACAGAUCUUAAUUGGUCUCCACACAGUACAAACUAUUUUGUGACAGCCAGUAUUGAUAGAACAGUAAAGUUAUGGUGUCUUGACAAUUUAGUAACACCACAGAUAACUGCCAAGUCUAGUGCUCUUACUGCCGCGAUCUGGCCGUCUGUGGUACAAAGUCUGGUGUAUGCUGAGGAUGAUGUUUAUGCUCAGCAGACUUGUCAGAUGCGUGUUCAUAGUUACGGUGACCUGAGAGAUAAAAACAGAGCCAUCAAUGCUCCUCUGCAAAGAUUUUUAUCAGGAAUAUGGGAUAUUUCUAUUUCUAACUGGCAUUUGAUGGUUUUUGGCUGUGAUUUUACUGGGAAUGUUAUGUUUACAUACUAUCCUGCUGUAUUUGGAGAAAAGAAACCUCACAAGUCUAAGAUGGUUUUAUACAAGACAAAUCUAAAGAAAAAACAUUGUGUUGUAAAUGAGGAGGAAGACAUAGAUAACAAUUCUACAAAAACGUAUGAAGACACUGUUAACAAAUAUUAUCUGGAAUAUAGUGAAAACAUUUCACUUGAUAAGAAAAUGAUGGUUGACAAUACCGGAUGUUUGAAUUUAACCCAGUUUCCACUUGCUGCAGUACACAGAGUUGAGGUGAACCCAAAUAUGGAAUCUUGUAUGUUUAUUGCUAGUGGUGGUCACUCAGGAAUAAUUCAGAUACACAAUGUCAAUAAGAGUUUGGCUUUCCAUGCCGCAAGAGACCUUCGGCAAGAAUUACGCGUUAAGUCUUAAAUCAACAACUUAUUUAUCAUUUAUAGUGUAUUUAUUUUAUCGCUUGAAGUCCCCAGCAAAAUUAAUGUGCAAUUGUUAAUUCAAUCAGUGACCUAUUUGUGCAAGUUGUUUGCAAUCUGUUGAUUAUAUUGUUUCAUAUUAAGGAACAAACAGAAUGAUUAUCUUAGAAAUGGCAGCAAUUUUCUUACUGUUGUAAUUUUUCAUUUUAGUUGGAAUAAUAUUUUAAAUAUAUUGAAUAUCAAAGCAUGAUUUGUUGUAUAAUUUACAUUCUGACAUUACCUUUAGGACCCUUGCCUAGAAGACAUUUUAACCUCCAUUCUAUUAGUGGAGCUUUAUUAUAUUCCAUUUGUCCAUCCUGUCCUUUCAUACUUUUCUAAGGUCCUUUUGAACAGAAUGACUUCAUACUUGACGAGAAUCUUGACAAUAUACAGUAGAUAUUAAAUUUAUUUUUACUUAAAAGUACAUAAAUUUUCCAGCAUUAUGACAGAAUUUGAUAAAUUGAAAGGACCUAAAAAAAAAAUUAUAAUUAUUAAAAAGUAAAAUCACAAAAAUACUGAACUCUGAGGAAAAUUCAAAACCUAAAGUUCCUAAUCAAAUGGCAAUCUCUAGUAGAGCCAGAACUGCUUAUCUUAAUUGCAAUACUUUUAUCCAUUGUCAUAUCAACUUUUUACAUUAUUUUUACAUUCACAAUUUUGAUUAGAUGUUUUGAUACUUUCUGUAUCCCAAAAUCAUGACUUGUCAACACUAGUAUAGACCAAAGUAGAAUUGAUAAUGGAAAUGUGAAUAUGUCAAAGAGACAACAACCUGACCAAAGAACUGAUAAAUAAACUCAUCAUGGAUACCAGGAUCAAAUUUUUUAUUUACGCCAGACGGGCAUUUCGUCUACAAAAGACUGACUCGAGAAUCAAAAAAAGAUAAAAAGCCAAAUAAAGUACGAAUUUGAACAGCAUUGAGGACCAAAAUACCUAACAAUUUGACAAAAUACAGCUAAGGUAAUCUAUUUCUGAGGUAUUUCAAAAGUUUUGUAAACAGAUGUUAUACAAAUAUGACCAUAUCAAUAUAAAUAUGACCAUAUCAAUGAUAAUUGCUGACUUCUGGGCUGGUGACACCCUCAGGGAAUUAAAACUCAACCAGCAGUGGCAUCAACCCAAUGGUUAUAAAUAAACUCAUCAUAGUACCAGGAUCAAAUUUUAUUUUGUAAGUACAAAUACCGUAUUUGGUUUAGUUGUCUGUAAUGUAUCAGAAUAGCUCAUAGACACUAUUAUUUAACUUAGUUUGUGGUUUGAAUGUGAGGAAUUUAAUUCUCUUUGUAAUUUUUCAUAAUCCCUCAUCUUCCCAAUUUUCAGAUUAAAAUUUCUGGAUUAGUAUUUUCCCCCAGAGUCUAUACAUGAUAAGUAUGCAGUUUAGAUGAGGGAAAUGUAUAAGGCAAACUAGAAUGCAUAUUGUUCUUUAAAACUUUUUUCAUUUCUUGAUGGAUUAACUGAAAAAAGAUAACGAAGCUUACUGUUCAAACGUUUAUGGAAUUAUUCUGGGUAAAUCACCAUCAUGAUGUCACUUCAAUCACAAUACAAUCAAAUUCUGUCUUCAAGAAAAAGCUGAAUCGUCAUUUUCAUAAAGGUCUAAAUUUAAUAGUUAAACAAUUAACUGUAUCAUCAAUUAUUUUAUUUCCCGCCUAUUUACAUGGGCCAACAAGCACCACAUCAUACCUUCAACUUAAUUUAAUAUCACUGACUUAUUAAGUUUGAAUCACUACCAAAAUGAUUCAUUUCUUUUAACUGUACUGAAAUUUUGUACAAAUAAUUAAAAAAAAUCACAAAAGAUGAUGUCAUCCUUAUGGUACAUUGUUUGUGCCAUUAUUGUAUGAUUUUUUUCCUUUCAUACAGCAAUGGAUAUUUGAGCGUAAGACAGAAAGUAUUUUAUCAUUAGCAUACUUGAAGUAACUACAAAAAAGCAAAAUCACAAAAAUACUGAACUCCGAGGAAAAAUUCAAAUUAGAAACCUAAUAAAACCGCAAAAUCAAAAGCACAAACACAUCAAAUGAAUGGAUAACAAGUGUUCUUUGAUACAGUAGUCUUCAGAAUUGUUUACUUGCACCCGUGGGUUUUUUUCAGUAUUCUUCAGGAUUGUUUAUAUGCACCUGUGAUUUUGUUUUGAAUGGUACAAAUAUUAGAGAGGUGUGCCUUAUAAACAUAUAUAAGUUGAAUGUACACUUUGUACACAUUUCAAUUCCAUGAAUCAUACAAUAAUUGCACUUUCCUGUCAACUAGCAUAUAUUUUUUUUUCUGUCUGAAUUUUGGGUCCUCAAUGCUCUUCAACUUCGAACUUUUUUUAGCGUCACUGACAUGUCUUUGUGGACAAAAUGCACUUCUGGCGUACAAAAUUUACCAUCAAUUAUAUGUUCAUUUGUCCAGAAAAUUUUGGAUUAUUUUUAAGCAAGCAAUAGGGACACUUAUUGGUGUAAACAAUGAUUCUUGAGUGCACAUGUCUGUCUGGCAAGUUUGAUAUUUUCUUGACCUUUUUCAUAUCUCAUAGGUGUUUGUUGUAAGGUCUUGUUUUCCAGGUACUAUAAAUUAUAGGACCAUUAUAUUUGAUGUAUGGAAUGAUUGUAAUGUGUACAUGUUUGUGUUUGUCUGGCAAGGUUUGUAUAUCCUUUUAAUCUUAAGUUAAGUAGACAAGAUAACAAAUGUUUUGAAGAGAUAAAUAACUGCAUCUGUGGCAUCAGAGCAGUUUAUCAAUAAAAACAUAAAAAACUAAAAUCAAUGCAACUUUAAUUAAAAUUAUGUAAUAUGUUAUGAUUGAAACAUAUUUAUUUUAACUUGACACUAAAAUCUGUAAAAUAAUGCACCAAAUUAUGCCAGAUUUAGUAAUAUCAGUAUUCAUAUUACAAUUACAUUAAUUCAAUGUUUCUAAUCAAGAAUAAAAGUAUUUGAGUAUAAGAAACAUUAGAUUCAUUUUGAUCUUAAAUUAUUAAUAAAUAGUUAUAUACCACAAACUUAUCUAAGUAUCUUAACUGUUAUUAAAACUGAGACCUCUGAAACAAAUUUAUAACAUUGUUCAGAAGAAAAAUUCUAAACUGUUUAGAAAUUUGGUCACAGAACAAUUUUGAACAGCAAGUAUACACAAGAAGCAAGAAAGCUACAAGGUGCUAAUAACCUUUAACCAAAUAAAGAUAAGCAGCAGUGCUGACAACUUGGAUUAAAUGUGCUACUAACUACAUGAAUAUAAACAAAAAACAUCAAUGUUUCAUUUACCAUAAAGCAAAAACAUAUCUAUAAAAUUUGUUGACCUUAACUCAUCUGCUCAAAAGUUGCUAAGUUUAUCCACUAACUAAUUAGCUGAUUUAUAGCAGUAUUAAAAUGCUUUUUUUUAAACAGAGGAAUUAAGGUGCCAGUUCGUGUGUAUAGAUUUUUUCAUGGAAUGGCUUGGUAAAUAUGAAUGGAUGUUCUUGAAUAUAUAUAUAACAUAUUUGGUGGUAUUUUAUUUAAUUUUAAACUACCUUGAUGAAUUUUAAGAAAACGCACAUAUCCUCUUUUCCAUUUUAGUACUGAUUUAAAUUUUAUUUAAAAUUUUCACAUUUUAAAAUGUUUGCAAGAAUAUUCAACUUCUAAUACUAAUCACUCGAUUUAAAAUUAUAACUUUUAGGUUUUACUUAUAAAAUCCAUAAUAUUCGUCAGUGGUAUAUUUUUAUAUAGACACCGAAAAAGAUGAACAGUGUUUUCUUAAUUUAUGAUAUAUAUGAAAAUAAAGAAUAAACAUAAAAACAAAUAUUAUUUGUGAUGAACUUCACCGGGAUAAAUUCAUCCUCAAAUGUGUUUUAAAUGCUUUCGCAUCCACAUUCGCCCUGAGCAAAACAAUUUCAAGCAACCAAUGUUGCAACACAAACAUACACAAGCAACACUUCAACUAUAGCAAUAAGCUUAACACAGAAUGAUACUACAAUAAGGUAUCACUUCACCGGGAGACAUAUCAAUGUUAUUAUGCUGUAUAAAUAUUACAUAUCACAAUACUCUUCUGUCAACCUCUUAGUAUUUUAUUUUGCUGGUUAAAAGUACAUCUAUACCACUCUCAUACAUACUGGUUCACUUUAGAAGUGAGCCUUAACAGUACAAUAACUACUACCCUACCUUGCAUUUCAUAUAAAUGAUCAUUAGUUUAAGACAAACAGACACAUUCAAUCUAACAGACAAUGUCUUAAUACUCUGAUGUCCAAACUUCAAUCAUACAAUUGCAUAAAUACUCGCAUACUCUCAUCAUCAUAAAAACAGCUUAUGACAAUACCUAUCGUGCUCUCUCUCCCCCUCUCUUGUUUACAAUCUGAAACAACAGUAAUAACUUUUAAAGCCUUUCUACUGUGUUUUACUGGCUUCUUAAUGUUUAAAUGUAAAGUUAUGUUCAGGUUUGAACAGUUUUCAAUUUAUAAGGUGCAGGUUGUCUAGUUUGUAAACAGUUGAUAUACAAAUAUGACCAUAUCAUAUAAGAUUGGACCAUGGAAGUAACGAUUUUUAUAACAAGGAAGACUGAUACUUAAAGACCAAAUAACACUGAAACCCAGACUAGUGUUUAGAAGACAGAUCAGGCUAACAUUGAUAAUACAUUCUAUGGAUAAGCCUGACCUAAACAAUCAUACUACAUUAGAUUGAAACUGUUCAAACCUGAAAGCAAUUAUAAUAUUAUAGAUACAUAGUAUCAGUAAUAGUUCUAGGAAUACAUGAUUAUGCAGGCAGGAUCAGCUACAGUGGUAAAAACAAAAUAAUAUUCCCUUCAGUGACAAAAAAUGUAAAAUGUUAUAUUUUUGUCAAAUUUGAAUUUGAAACACUCGGAGCUGGACCUGCCUUUAUAUAUAUACAGUGUCUUUGUUGACAGAAGUACAAUGAAGAAGAAUCUUUUUUUUUUUU